GUGUGUGUGCGUCAGUACCAGAUAAAGCACUCAGUGGAUAUCUUCACUGCUCCUGGUUUGCUUUACUUCACUUUUCACGGACAGACAGACAGAAGAGUUUAAGGUGACACCUCAAAAAUGAGGUUCUGGUCUUGGCCUCAUGGACCUCACGCUCUCCCGACCGUCCUGGUUCUCCUCAGUGUCCUCGGCAGAGCAGAAGCCCGGGAGAGACACUACUACAUUGCUGCUGUGGAGAUUGACUGGACAUAUUCCUCUGAAGACUCACUAAGAUCUGGUCCAACCUAUAAAAAAGUGGUGUUUAGAGAAUUUGAGGAAGGUUUCCGGCAGCGAAAGACUCAUCCUUCAUGGUUAGGUCUCCUUGGGCCUACGUUGAGGGCCACGGAGGGCGAUACCAUCGUGGUCACAUUCAGGAAUAUGGCCAACGGGGCGUUCAGCAUUCACCCACAUGGCGUGGCUUACGGGAAGCAGUCAGAAGGAGCACACUACUUCGACAACACAUCCCAGAAGGAGAAAGAGGACGACAUUGUUCAGCCCAACAACGAACAUGUUUACUACUGGGAGGUGACAUCUGACGUCUCUCCGCAGCCUGAUGACCCCACCUGUCUCACCUACACCUACAUCUCCCACCAAAACGUGGUGGAGGACUAUAACUCUGGUCUCAUCGGAACUUUGCUCAUCUGCAAACCUGAAAGCCUGGACACGGACGGAAAGCAGAUGGGACUCCCGCAUGAAUAUGUCUUUCUCUUUGGGGUGUUUGACGAGAAGGAGAGUAGAUAUAAACCAAAACAUCAUGACGUAGACAAUCACGUCAAGUACACCAUCAAUGGAUACACCAGAGGAUCACUUCCUGACAUCAGUGUUUGUGCCAACGCCGCUGUCAGCCUCCACCUGAUGGCCAUGAGCUCACAGCCCGAGGUCUUCUCGCUGCACGUGAACGGUCAAGUGCUAGAGCAUAACGACCACAAGGUGUCCUCGUUGGGUCUAAUUAGUGGAUCUACGGCCACGGCCGGCAUGGUAGCAGUUCACACUGGCCGCUGGCUGCUGUCAUCACGCACCAGCACGCAUGUCCAAGCUGGCAUGUAUGGAUUUGUGGACGUGAAGAUGUGCGAUUCUUUCCAACCGCCUCGACGUCGGAUGACGAUUGCACAGAGAAGAGAGAGCAGAGAAUGGAAAUAUUUCAUAGCCGCGGAAGAAGUUAUUUGGGAUUAUGCUCCAAAUCUUCAAGAUUACACUGAUGAAGACUUCAAGGACCAGUACUUGAAGCAGUCGCCAACACGGAUAGGACAGAAGUACAAGAAGGCGGUGUACACUCUGUACAAGAACGAGAACUUCACCGAGAGACUGGAGACCAAACAGAGGAAGAAUGAGCUGGGAAUCUUGGGUCCAGUCAUCAGAGCACAAAUCAGAGACGUGGUCACGAUUGUUUUUAAGAACAUGGCCUCUAGACCAUACAGUAUCUACCCACAUGGACUCACAAUACAGAAGUCAGAGGAGGGAGACAACUACCCACAAGGAGGAAACCAGACUCACGGUGUUCAGCCAGGAGAGACUCACACCUACAUCUGGAAGGUGGUGGAGGAGGACGAACCUCUGGCCGGAGACCCACGUUGUCUGACCAGAAUGUACCACAGUGCUGUGGAUACUCCGAGAGACAUCGCUUCAGGUCUUAUUGGACCACUGCUCAUCUGCAAGAGUCAGUCCUUGAAUGCCAGGAAUGUCCAGCUGAGAGCUGACAAGGAGCAGCACGCUGUUUUUGCCGUGUUUGACGAAAACAAAAGCUGGUACCUGCAAGACAACAUUAAUCAAUUCGCCGACCCAACCAAAGUCACCCAUGCCGACCCAAACUUUUACAAGUCCAACGUCAUGCACACCAUUAACGGUUACACGUUUGAAAGCGGCCCAGCCCUGGGUUUCUGCAAUGGUGAAGUUGCAACAUGGCAUGUAUCCAGCAUUGGUGCGCAAGACUACAUCCAAACAGCCACCUUCUAUGGUCAUCCCUUUGAGCUGAACGAGCGCACUGAGGACUUUCUUAGCCUCUAUCCCAUGACUGGAGAAACCAUCAGUAUGAACAUGGACAACAUUGGUUUCUGGCUACUGGCUUCCCUAAAUUCCCAUGAGACAACCAAAGGGAUGCGGGUGAAGUUCCAGGAUGUGGAAUGCUAUCGAGACUACGAAUAUGAAUACAGUGAUAAAGAAGAUUUGGAUGAAUUUCACAUGUGGGAUCUUCCUGACCUGAGUGUCAUUAAGAAGGAAGAGGUGACUCCAAAACCAAAAAAAGCUACAAACGAUGAACCGGAUGCUUACACAGAUAUGUUGGCUGCUGAAUUAGGACUUAGAUCACUGAAGAACCAGUCUACAUUCUCGGACAUGGAGAUGCUGGACCUCUCAUUUCUAGAAUAUGACGCUAUUGAUAUUCCUGAUGGUAAUUCAAACAUUAUGCUUGUCGAUGAAGUGACAAAGACUAAAAAUAAGACAGUCUUUUCGAAUCUGAAAAAGAUGGACGAAGUCAAUCUUACAGCGGUUAGCAACAGCAGCAACUCAACACAUGUUCAGAAAACGAACACAACGUCAGUGCAAACCAACUCUUCCAUUCCAAAAACAGAAACAAAAGAGGAACCGGAUGCUUACACAGAUAUGUUGGCUGUUGAAUUAGGACUUGGAUCUCUGAAGAACCAGUCUACAUUCUCGGACAUGGAGAUGCUGGACCUCUCAUUUCUAGAAUAUGACGCUAUUGAUAUUCCUGAUGGUAAUUCAAACAUUAUGCUUGUCGAUGAAGUGACAAAGACUAAAAAUAAGACAGUCUUUUCAAAUCUGAAGAAGUUGGACGAAGUCAAUCUUACAGCGGUUAGCAACAGCAGCAACUCAACACAUGUUCAGAAAACGAACACAACGUCAGUGCAAACCAACUCUUCCAUUCCAAAAACAGAAACAAAAGAGGAACCGGAUGCUUACACAGAUAUGUUGGCUGUUGAAUUAGGACUUGGAUCUCUGAAGAACCAGUCUACAUUCUCGGACAUGGAGAUGCUGGACCUCUCAUUUCUAGAAUAUGACGCUAUUGAUAUUCCUGAUGGUAAUUCAAACAUUACGCUUGUCGAUGACGUGACAAAGACUAAAAAUAAGACAGUCUUUUCGAAUCUGAAAAAGAUGGACGAAGUCAAUCUUACAGCGGUUAGCAACAGCAGCAACUCAACACAUGUUCAGAAAACGAGCACAACGCCAGUGCAAACCAACUCUUCCAUUCCAAAAACAGAGAACACAACGGACUUUAAAGGUCAAGCCUCGUCAGAUAAAAACGAUAACAUGGAUACAAAUUGCUGUGACUUUCAAGUGAGGUCAAAAGGCAAAGAUCUCUCUGACAAAACUUCAGAGACAGUUCACAAUGCCACCGAAAUACCAUCCGCCCUAAACAGAUCUUCAGAAAUGACCAACGAUACAGAACCAUUAAAAGAACCACUGCUGCUUAAACUUAUCAAUUUUGUUUUAUCAACUUUUCAAGCCCCACAGAUGCCCAGUGAAGUGUUUCCUGUUAAUGACACCCGGGAACAACAAGGCUCCUUAAAUGUUUCACUCACUUCUCAAGAAAUGGGUGAUAAUUACGAAAAUAUUUCUCUAACAAAUGACAAUAUAACAAGUACAAAUAUAAGUUCCAACUUAGAGACUAACAGAACUGAUGACACGCUCAAAACGUUCAACGGUCAUUCUUUGGAAAAGGAUUUAGGAAAAAUUAUAGCUGAAAAUCUGACUGAAAUUAGUCUGGAGAACAUUACAGGUCUUUCUGGUGAUCUUAUCCUGAGAGAAAACCUCUCCAAUCAGACCAUGGAGCACUAUAACCUGACUGUCUCCAGUGCUUCGGAAAGUUCUGAGGAACUCGGUGCCUCAGAGAGCAGUGAAGAAGUGUUCAUCUUCCUCAAAGAAAAUACGACUCAAGCAAUCAAAACCACUGCCAUUAAAACACCCGGUCAAAACUGGACAUACGAGGGAACUCACCAGAAGGUAGAAAUCGAGCUCCCAGAUCACAUGGUUAAAUAUUUCAAGCCAGAUGUCACUCAAACAACAGCUGCUCCAAAAAAGAAGACCAAGAAAAUGACCCUCCGACAGAGACCAGCCAAGGGUGAAGGCAUGAAAACCAGGAAAAAAAAAGUCUACAAACCUGUGGCCAGAACCGGUUUACCUUUUUCUCCACGAGGUUUCCAUCCAGGUAUGACUCCACGUGGGGUUCGCCCCAACAUUCAACAACCCGUCUCUGAUGAGGAGGUGCUCAUUAACAAGCCGGUGGUAGUUGGAAUACCACGGCCAGACUUCAGUGACUACGAGCUAUACAUUCCUGGAGAUGAACCGGAUCAUCUGGGUCUGGAGGAGACAGACCUUAAGGCAAAUGAAUACGAGUAUGUGACCUACAAGGAUCCAUACAGCAGUCACGAAGACAUCAAAAACUUCUACCAGGAUGACACAACAAAGUACUACCUGAAAUUCACAGGACCAAAUGUAAAAACGUACUUCAUUUCAGCAGAGGAGGUUGAGUGGGACUACACUGGCUACGGACACAAGAGAAUGGACAAGAUGCAACACAACACCCAAAAAACAUCGUUCACCAAAGUGGUUUUCCGAGGAUACACUGAUAGCAGCUUCACCGUUCCAGACAUCCGAGGUGAGGUAGAGGAACACCUGGGAAUCCUGGGCCCAGUUAUCAAGGCAGAGGUUGGACAGAGCAUCAUGGUGGUGUUCAGGAACAAUGCCAACCGUCAAUACUCCAUCCAUCCAAACGGUGUGACCUACACCAAACAGACUGAGGGUUUGAGCUACGAGGAUGGAUCCAAGUACUGGUAUAAAUAUGACAAUGAGGUCCAACCAAAUACCACCUUCACCUAUCUGUGGAAAGUGGAUUCAAGGGUUGGGCCAUCAAGCCAUGAGUCUGAUUGUCGGACCUGGGCCUACUACUCAGGAGUCAAUCCUGAAAAGGAUAUCCACACUGGUUUAAUUGGACCAUUGCUGGUAUGUCGAGAAGGAACCCUGAGCAGAAACUCAUCUGAUGAAAAUGAGUUUGUGCUGCUCUUUAUGACCUUUGACGAGUCCCAGAGCUGGUACUACCAGAAGAACAUCGAGAUGAUGCAGAGGAAAAGCAGGAGGAGGAUGAUGAUGAAGCAACCACAUUUCGAUGGGAUCGUCAAGUUUCACACCAUCAACGGCAUCAUAUUUAACCUGAAGGGUCUGAGGAUGUACACGGGGCAGCUGGUGCGCUGGCACCUCAUUAACAUGGGUUCUCCAAAGGACUUCCAGAGCGUUUACUUUCACGGACAGACCUUCAUACACAAAAAGACCACCAGCUACAGACAGGCUGUGUUCCCCCUGCUGCCUGGUAGUUUUGCGACUCUAGAGAUGUAUCCAUCUAAACCUGGUCUGUGGCAGUUGGAAACAGAGGUUGGUUUUAACCAACAGGAGGGGAUGCAGACGUUAUUCCUGGUCUUAGAUAAAGAUUGUUAUCGUCCACUGGGUCUCGAGUCUGGCAGUGUGAAAAACAACCAGAUAACAGGCAACAACACAAGAGGAUACUGGGAACCACAUCUUGCUAGGUUGAACAACCAAGGUAAAUACAAUGCCUGGAGCACAGAGCAGAAUGGCAGCUGGAUUCAGGUGGACUUUCAACGGCCAGUUGUGAUUAGUCAGGUUGCCACUCAGGGAGCCAAGCAGAUGCUUUACUCUCAAUAUGUUAAAAAGUUUCUGAUCUCCUACAGCACGGACCGCCGCAAAUGGAUCUUCUACAAGGGUGGCAGCCGCGACUUGAGGAAGCAGGUAUUCACAGGAAACAAAGAGGCCUAUGAAACCAAGCAUAACACCUUCUUUCCUCCAAUGAUUGGACGGUUUAUUAGACUCUACCCCAUAGAGUGGUACGGCAAGGCCACAGUUCGCAUGGAGUUCUACGGCUGUGAGCUCGACGGGUGCUCAGUUCCUCUAGGAAUGGAAAGUGGUCUCAUUGAGAACCGACGUAUAACUGCAAGCUCCGUAGGAUCCCAUUGGUACUACGGGCCAUGGGCACCAUCCCUGGCUCGCCUCAACAGACAGGGAGCAGUCAACGCCUGGCAGGCUCAGCGGAGUGACGUGAAGCAGUGGCUGCAGGUAGAACUUCCUCACAUCAAGAAGAUUACAGGAAUAAUCACACAGGGAGCCAAGACUAUGGGAACAGAGAUGUACGUCACGUCCUACACCUUGCAGUACAGUGACAAUGGCAUGCACUGGAAAGACUACACGGACGAUGAGGACUAUCCAUACAAGACAUUUCCUGGAAACACAAACAACAACGACCAUGUGAAGAAUUACAUCUACCCACCGAUCUUCUCUCGAUUCAUCCGCAUCCUUCCUAAAACCUGGAUGAACUCCAUCACCAUGAGAGUGGAACUGCUGGGCUGUGACUUUGAGUGAUGCUUAUAAACACACACGACACCCAAAUAGAAGUCAGAUAGACCUAAGAAGUUUCAGGUCCGCUAUUCAUAACAAGGAAACUUCCAAACAUUUCUGUAUAAUACUAAUAAUGUUGAACUCCAAAAUACUAACUAACUAAUUAAACACAAUGUUUUGGUAGUAGCUGUACUUUUUGUUUAGCAAUAUUUAGAUGUUUUCAACAAAUGGGACUGAACAAGUAAAAUAAACGACAAUUACAAAUCUGUGUGAAUCAUUACACUAAAACAAACAAAAAAAAAAGAACAAUGCGGUCCUUUUUUUCCCCCAAUCAAAGGUUUAGUUUAAGACAUGACUGAGAUUUGGGUGGCCCUUGUUAUGUCUAAUAUAUUUUAUUUAGAAUAUUCUUUCGCACAGAGGUCUUCAAAAGAGGGUUUGACGUUUUUUGUUGACUUUUUAAAAUAACUUAUAGACAGUAUAUACACAUGGCCUUCCACAAUAUUAUGGAAUUUGAACAAAGGAAAGAGUUUCAGUCUUGGUGUUAGAAUUCUUAUUAAAUAUCUUUGUAUUUUGUCCAUUAAGAAUGAGUUAAAACAAUUGUACAUAUGUAAGAUUAUAUAUUAUUUUGUAUUAAUAAAACCAACUCUUAAUAUUCAGA